GUGAUCUGCAUAACUCCUUAGUGAUAACCGUGUGUUUCCCCUGUCCUCUCCAGGUGAUCUGUGAUAUGUAUAACUCCUUAGUGAUAACCGUGUGUUUCCCUGUCCUCUCCAGGUGGCACGUUCACAACCACGUCAGGAUUGUACGCAGGAAGCAACGCCCUCACGAACUCAACCGGCUUCAACAGACUACCCGAGCUACCCAGCGUUCGGGCCAGGGCCAGUAUGCCCAGUAUUACAACAGUUCUCCCUACACCUCCCCCUAUAUGACCAGCAACAACACCAGUCCCACCACCCCCUCCACCACAGCCACCUACACCCUCCAGGAGCCCCCCAGCGCCCUGACCAGCCAGGCCCUCACGGACCCUCCAGCAGGUAGGCCCCAGGCCCCCCAGGCCACCCACCCUCCAUCCCCAGGAUCAGAAGGCUCUGGAGGGGGUGGCUAUGAUGCCAGGGCCACUCAUUAUGGAGAUUACAGUACCAUCCACAGUCCAUCAACGCCCAUUAAAGAUUCAGAAUCGGAUCGAUUGCGGCGUGCCUCGGAUGGAAAGUCACGUGGCGAGGGAGAAGGAACAACAACCCUUCACCACCGCCUGACUCUGACCUUGAG